GUGCCAACCAUAAGCAUCAGUGGUGGAAUCAACCGGUGAAUUAAAGAAUCCACCUGUAACGCGAAUUCAUUGCGGCUAGAAUGACAAACGAGAAGGAUAGCGCUAGUCAGGGCAAAACAUUGGCAAAACAUGGUGGUCCAUUGUGGUAUUUCCAUAUAUGUUCUAAAGAUUUUUGGUGAAUGUUUGUUUUUAGUGACGUUAAAGAUUAAUAGUGAUAGUUUGCGACAAUUAUUAUAAACAUUUUUAUGCCGGACAGCCUUCAAGGGCUGUUGUUUUAUGUGAUAUUUGUUUAAAAAUGGUUGAAUCUUGCAGUGCGGUGAAUUGUUGCAAUAGACGCAGAAAAGAUGUGAAAAUGAAGUUUCACAGGAUACCUACAUAUCCUAACAUGAGGAAGUUGUGGUUACAUGCUAUAAGAAGAGAAAACUUUACUCCCAGUACAACAACGGUAAUUUGUGAAAAGCAUUUCACUCCAGAGGAUUAUGAAGUUAGUGUUCAUGGAAAUAAGGUACUAAAAAAGGUGGCAGUUCCAUCUGUGUUUGAUUUUCCAGCCCAUCUCAAUAAAGAACCUAGCCAUGGAAGGGUUUUGAAAAGAAAACAUGAAGAAUCCAACAGAACAAACUUUGGCUAUUGGUGAAGUAGUGGAAGAACCUAAAAAUGGCGAUCAUGCUGAUGAUGGAAAUAUAUUGGCAGCUGGUCCUUCAAACGUAACACAAAAACUAGGAUUUUUAGAAUCAAGUGAACCUUCAAACAUAUGCAAUUUAAGGGUCAGAAGAUCACCAGUAUACUUUGGGGAUUUCAAAAUUUCAGAUUUAAAUAAUGUGCAGCGUCGGAAGAGAUUUUGGAAAACUGCUCAUGAAACUGUUCAUAAGUUCCAAAAAAUUAACAAGUACAAUCAGUGUAAAAUUCGUAGCCAAAGAAAUAAAAUAAAAAGUCUGAAUAGUCUGGUAGAUGAACUACCUAAGGAGAAGAGAAUAUCUGCAGCUCAGUCAAUAGUAUUGAAGGUAGACAUUUGAUGAACAGAUACUUUGCUGCUACAAUUGUUACCUUGUUGUUGUUUAUUUUCAUUUGUAAAAUUUUUAUUUCAAUUGUUGAACUCUGUUGAACAUCUAUUGAUUACUAGCUAGAGUGAUCAUUUUACCAUCACAGUAUUUAGAUUUUACAUUUGGAGCAUGAAAUUUUUAGCUUAAAAUUAUGAUGCAUGCAUACAUUUUGUAUUAACAGGAAAGUCUCCCAGAAACCCAAAAGCAACUGCUUUUCAGGCAGUUGAAAAAAAGAAAAUCUAACUAGUAUAGCCCAGAAUUAAGGUGUUUUGCACUAACAUUGAAUUUUUAUUCAUCAUCAGGAUACAACUAUGUUAGAAAAAUAUUUGGAAAAAAUGUUCUACCACACCCUCGCACACUUUCAAAAUGGUAUAGUGUUGUAGAUGGUACACCUGGAUAUAGUGCAGAAGCACUUCGUGCUAUCAAAAUUAAGGUGGAUGUUGAUAAACAAAAGGGAAAACAGCUAGUUGGCGCCUUGAUGAUGGAUGAAAUGUAUAUUCGUCAGCAUUUACAUUGGACAGGAAGUAGAUUAGUAGACUACAUAAAUAUUGGUGUUGCAAUGCAAAGCAGUGAGGAGAUCCCAAAGGCUACAAAAGCUUUAGUUUUCAUGGUUGUUUGCAUUAACAGUAGAUGGAAAGUUCCAAUAGCAUAUUUUCUAGUAGAAUCUUCAUCGGUUGAAGAAAAGGCUACCUUUGCGAGGGGCUGUUUACUGCAAUUAGAAAGCACUGGAAUGUUAAUUAAGAGUUUGACUUUUGAUGGUGAUGCAUCCAAUAUCCUUAUGGCCAAUUUAUUAGGUGCAAAUUUAACUUUUCCAUGUACUAAGCCUUUUUUCAUAAACUCUCUCAAUAAUGAAAAAAUACAUAUAAUAUUAGAUGCUUGUCACAUGAUUAAAUUGGUGCGCAAUACUUUAGGUGACUAUGGUGUUUUAAAAGAUGGUGGAGGGAAUGAGAUUAGGUGGGAAUAUUUCAAACAGCUUGUCAACUUGCAAGAGGAUACAGGUCUACAUUGCGCCACCAAGCUGAGGAGGAGACACUUGAACUACUACAAAGAAAAAAUGAGAGUAAAGUCAGCAGUACAAACAUUUAGUUCAAGUGUGAGUGAUGCCUUAGAGUAUUGUGCAAAAGAUUUAAAUAUACAUUCUUUUCAAUGUGCAGAAGCCACUGCAACAUAUUGCAGAAAUAUAAAUGAUAUAUUUGAUCUGUUAAAUGUAAGAAACUUUUUUGGCUCCACCCAGUUCAAAAAACCUUUGUAUAGGGGUAAUGAGGAAUUUCUAACAAAUUUUGUAAAUAGUUCUAUUAGAUAUUUAAGUACACUAACAAUCUAUGAAGGUGUUAAUAUAUAAGAAACCAGUAGAAAAACAGGUUUUUUGGGCUUGAUAAUUUGUUUAGUUAGUACGAAAAACUUAUUCGAGGAUUUGGUGAAAGGUGAAGUAUUAAAUUUUUUAUUGACCUAUAAAUUAAGCCAGGAUCAUUUGGAAAUGUUUUUUGCAGCAAUACGCAGUAGAGGAGGAUUUUCAAAUAAUCCAACUGCUUGGCAUUUUGAACAAGCGUAUAAGAGGUUAUUAAUUCACGGCGAAAUCGCUUCGUCUGCAAGUGCAAAUUGCCUUGCUAUGGAUCAUACAUCUAUUUUAAAUGUCUCCUCCAGGAAAAUGAAAAACCCUUGCUUUGAUCUUUUGUACGAAUUUGAGGAAGAUUUUUCCCCUAAUUUGCAGGAGCAGUAUAUUGUCAAUCACAACAAAUUUUUUUAAUUGUGUAUAUAUUUGUGAUGUUGUUCAAUAUAUAGCAGGUUUUGUUAGCAAAAAAAUUGUUCAAACCUCGAAUUGUAAUGAAUGUGCCUGAUCAGUGACAACAUCUGAUUCUGAUUGCAUGCUGCUGAAUCGGAAAAAUAUAGGAGGUUUAAUCAAGCCUACAAAAGAUGUUGUAAAAAUUUGUAUGGUUGCAGAAGGUAUAAUAAAAACUGAAACAAACUUUUCUCAUCCUACUAUAAUGUUAAGAUUGGUCUCUGCUGCAAUGAGAAAUUUAAAUUUGAACAAGGUUUUUUUAUGUUUAUCUAAGCACUCUCUAGAGAAAGACUCACUUGAUGGACAUAUUAUUCAAUUGGUCAGACUUAUGAUGAAAAAUUAUUUGACUAUUCGGCUUCACCACAUAGAUUCCACAAAAAAUCAAAUAACAGACAGAAUUAGGCAAAGGUUAACAAAAACUAUUCAUUUUAAAAAUCAGUAAAUCAGCAAUUUUUAAAUUAGGUAUAAACAUAUAAAUUCACAGAUGAACCUACUACUCAUUAAUAUUCUUUUAAAACUUUCAUUUAUUUUUUUAUCAGGGACAUAAUUUCUAGAAUGAACUAUGGUAUAACCUAUAUUGUAUUAUAAUGAAAAACUGUGCAUCUACAGUAUUGUUAAUGCCAUUGUGCACAAAUAUUUUGUAUACAUAUAUACAUAUAAGGGUUUUUUCUUUGUACUCUUUAAUCUCUACAAAACUGGACGUGUUCCCACUAGAUUUAGUGUUGACAGCUACAGUACUAUAAAAAUAAAUUUAAAUGUGCAUAAAUACUAUUUGGAACAUUAUAAAGAUAUAUAGAAAAUAACAUGUAUUUAUUGUGAUAUUUCUUAGAUCUCUUAUUUUUUAUAUGCAAGAUAUAGCAUAUUAGAGCAGUUAAGUUAAUUGCAGACAUGUAAUCUCUUUGCUACCUG